AAUGCUGCUGCCUCCCGGAGCAGAGGGAGGCAGAAGAGGAGGGAGGGAGAAGAGGGGAAGGGAGGGGGAGGCGGCACUUGGGCUGCAGCUCGCAACCAGAGGCAGUCUCUCUCAGCUCUCGGAGGGACCGAGAGAGGCAACCGCGAAGUAGGAUGCUCUGCGGGGCGCCCAGAGCCGGGGGCGCUUGAAGCAGCUUCGGGGACUGGGGCAACCGGGCAGUUUUCACCAUGCAUCAGUCCCUGACUCAGCAGCGGUCCAGCGACAUGUCCCUGCCCGAUUCCAUGGGAGCAUUCAAUCGGAGGAAACGAAACUCCAUCUACGUCACCGUGACUUUGCUUAUUGUGUCCGUGUUAAUUCUCACAGUGGGCCUUGCUGCAACCACCAGGACCCAGAAUGUGACUGUAGGAGGUUAUUACCCAGGAGUUAUUCUCGGCUUUGGAUCAUUCCUUGGAAUCAUCGGAUCAAACCUUAUUGAAAACAAAAGGCAGAUGCUGGUGGCUUCUAUCGUGUUUAUCAGCUUUGGUGUGAUUGCGGCUUUUUGUUGUGCCAUAGUUGACGGGGUCUUUGCUGCCAGACACAUUGAUCUGAAACCACUCUAUGCUAACCGGUGUCAUUAUGUUCCCAAGACAUCCCAGAAGGAAGCUGAGGAGGUUAACUGCCCUCACCUCAGCCGUGAAUUCUGCACACCUCGCAUCCGGGGCAACACCUGCUUCUGCUGUGACCUCUACAACUGUGGCAACCGGGUGGAGAUCACUGGUGGGUACUACGAAUACAUCGAUGUCAGCAGUUGCCAAGAUAUCAUCCACCUCUACCACCUGCUCUGGUCUGCCACCAUCCUCAACAUUGUUGGCCUGUUCCUGGGCAUCAUCACUGCCGCUGUCCUUGGAGGCUUUAAGGACAUGAACCCAACUCUCCCAGCACUGAACUGCUCCGUUGAAAAUACCCAUCCAACAGUUUCUUACUAUGCUCAUCCCCAAGUGACAUCCUACAAUACCUACUACCAUAGCCCUCCUCACCUGCCACCAUAUUCUGCUUAUGACUUUCAGCAUUCCAGUGUCUUUCCAUCCUCCCCUCCCUCUGGACUUUCUGAUGAGCCCCAGUCUGCCUCUCCCUCACCCAGCUACAUGUGGUCCUCAAGUGCACCGCCCCGUUACUCUCCACCCUACUAUCCACCUUUUGAAAAGCCACCACCUUACAGUCCCUAAAGAGGAAUGCCUGCUGGCUAUUGAGAUUAUUGUGGCUUUUGUAUUUCUGCUUCAGUGGAAAUGUGUAAGGUACAAAAUUUAAAGUGUGACUUUUAUGCAUAAAGUUUUACAAUGGCCUGCCAGGCUAGGGAAAGAUAGGGAUGAAGCUUAUUCAUUAUUAGUGCAGAGCAGGGGUGGCUAGGCUGAACCCAGCACAGAAGAAGGGCAGCUCACACUCUCUAAGCAAGGCUGGGGAGCCAGCCCAGCAAGAAGCUUGUCGUGUUUGGACCUGCAUUACCCUGUGCUCCACCUCUGUAUUCAGCAGAAGUGUGGCUGCCAUCUGUUUCACUUUAUGUAAAGAAGUGUUGUCCUCAGGCCCUUGGCAGAUUGCCACCCCAGGUUGAAGCACCCGGCUUAUAGGUCCUAUCUUUCCCUACCACUAAAGUCAGUCCCUAAGGACAAUUUCCCAGCUGAUGGGGCUACACAGUAGUUCCAAUACAGAGAGUUCUGGCUAAGAUUUUGUUUGCUUGUGUCUGGAUGUUGAAAAAGGCUGCCCAUCUCUCUUACUCCUUUCUUCUCUGUGAGUAUUGUAAAAAUGGCUGUUGUGAUCACUCAGCUCAGCUUUUGUUAUUGGUACCUCCUAAAGGGAAAAGUGCAAUAUUCUUGCAUCUUGAGUAGUGGGGAACAGGAUGUAUUGUUCCGGAAACACUGAAAUACACAGCAACAUGUGAGAUGCUUUAAGUAGAUCACUUAGGAGACAGUGGUUCUACUACAUGUUGCAUUAUUACAAAAUACAUUUGCUACAGGAGAUAUAAAUCUUAUGGUUGUAAUUAAGAGUUUAAAAAUGUUAUAAAUUAGGUUCUUGGGUCGUGAUAUGAAUUGUUACUAAUCUUUGUGACUAUUUAAUCUUCAAAUAUUGUGCUUAACCCCAGCAAUCCGCACGUAUCCUGCACCCCACCCCAAAAGACUCAUCUGUAUUUUAAUACCACUGGUCUUACUGGUCCUUUUUUCUGUUGAGACCAGUCAUGACAGCAUUCAAGAUUAUGAAAGUGUUACAAUGCCGCUUCAAGUCUGCAAAACCUCAAACGUAGCCAACUUGACAAAUACUUAAGUGUUAUGGUAGAUUUAAAAUCCAUCUGGCACACCGUGGUAGGUUAUUUGUACAGUUCUUUUAAUUACACAUAGCUUUAAACCAUCAACCUGAUGAGUUUAAAACACUUUUGCACCCAUGCCUUCACUUCAGAAUGAACACCUUCAUUGUGAUCUUAUGUUAACCUGAGAAUUGAUUUAAAGGAAGACUGAUAAUCCUAAACUUUAUAACGUAAAAAAUACAGGGGCUACAGGAGGGUACCUAAUUAGACAGUUCUCCAAACACAGAACACACACUAGAAAAAUUUCCGGCCAAUUUUGCUACCUCCCAACUUAAUGGAUUAGAGAUAGCAGACAAAUGCUGGUGCUCCCAUCUACCUUGUAGACACCCAGCCAUCAAGAAUCAAGGCACAGGAAGUGCACUCUCUCAUUAUUAACAGUAAAUGUUUGCAAGAUAUCCAGUUUAACUUUCAGCAUCAUGAAUGUUAUCUUAUCCAGAUUUUGAAUCUGAAAAACUAUAAUCCUUUUGUGUUAUACAAAAUUACUAUGAUUUUUACAGUUCUGAGCAUAUUAAAAUUCUACUGGAUUUCAAAGAGACUAAUACCCAAUUGACUUACUAAACAAAUAUCAACUUGUAAUACUCAAUGAAUUUUUUUUCAUUUACACUUGACCAUUUGCUUUAGUGAAUGUCUAUAUUUAAUUUUUUAAAGGCACCAUUACACAGUAUAUCCUACAUUUAUCACAUUUCUUAAAGUGUUAAGAUUCUAUGGCUCAUUUCUAUGUAUUUUUCUUACUUUACAAAAUAACCUGAAACAGUAUAGAUUUUGUAACACUUAAUUUGAGCAGCUUUUAUUACAUUGAAUUAUAUAAAGUGCAUGUUACCUUAGAAAAAUUAAUAUUUGCUGCUUUACUCUUUUGCAAAACAUUUGCUGUAAUGAAGGGAUUUGUAUUUCCAAUAUGUAUCUUGACCGCAUUUUGUAAUAUUUACUGCUUUAUUCCUAAUUCUGCUUUAAAGUAUUGAACUGGGCAUGAAACAUUAAAAUAUUAAUCCAGAACCUGUAUAAACUGGAUGUUGCUUAAAAUCUGUAUCACUGCCAUGUUGAAAACUCAGACUGCUUUUGUGAUGUUUCCAAUGAAUAAAACUAUCCUCC